UUAAUUGACAACUCGAAAGGAAUGCAAUUCCGAAGAAUUUAGAAAAAUAAUACGGAUCGAUUUGCUCACAGUGCUGCAUUUAAUGUGUAGAAAAUGCAUAUAUUUUAUUGCAUAAAUAUUUGAUGAGUGUAUUUUCAUCAGGAAUGUUUAAUUGAAAGCGCAAACUAAAACGAAAACAUGUCUCAUUGUUAUUUCCGAAAUUCUCCCGGUACUGUUGUUUGAUUGGCGAAGAAAAAGAUUCAGAGGCUGUUAGAGUAAAAAAUAAAUCUCAAAAUUUCAUUCAUUAGCUCAAUAAAAUGACGUAAAAGAACAGUCUGUCAUACAGAUACACGUGCUAUUCUAUUGUAGAUCCAGAGCAAAUGAUUUAAAACGGGAAAAUGAUUCUGAAUUCUGUUAUUUUGCAAAUUAUUCGAUGUUUCUAAUUCGGGGAAAUGCAGAGGAGAGAUGCCCCCAGUUUCUCAGGGUAAAGGGAGGAAAGGAAUGAAAGGAAAAUUUCAUAAACGUUCUGAUGGAAGUUUCUCCGACAGCUCCAAUAGUUUUGUUCGCCAGGUGAUGUGCCCAAUAGCCCAGACAGAAAAUUCUAACAGAAUUCAGCUGAGAGAAAAUGUUGUUCUAUAUACAAAUGUGAUAUUGAAAAAUGAUAAAAAAUGAAAUGCUGAUUUUCAGGAUUAAAAUCAGUUAAGUGAUAAGGAAAAAAGUGAUAAAAGUGUCAGUUGAAACCUUUCUGUAUUCACAAGUUUAUAAAAAAAAAAAAAAGGAUAACUGUUGAAAUAUAGAAAUAUUGUUUUCACAUUUUCGAAGACUGCAUCAGAAAGAACACAAUGGCUCGUAACCGGCCUCAUGGAAAUAUGACGCGUAAUCGACGUGCAGGGAACAGGGGCAAAAUGCCUCAAUAUAACCUUAAAUGGGGUGUGGAAGCUGAUGAAGAAGACAGUUUUAGUGGGUCACAAGAUUCCAACUUCAGCCAGCAAUCUUCAGACGUAUCCCUUGAUGAAGAGGUAGAAGCUAUUCGCAGUGAAACGGCUAAACAGGCUUUAGCCCAGCUCGAUAAAGCUAGGUUGAAGCCUGUAGCAUUUGCUGUACGAACAAAUGUAUCAUAUGAUGGUGCUGGCGGUGAUGAAAAUUCACGUGCACCAGGUCAAACAGUGUCUUUCCAAGUAAAAGAUUUUCUACAUAUAAAAGAGAAAUUCAAUAAUGACUGGUGGAUAGGGCGGCUGGUAAAGGAAGGAUGUGAUGUAGGGUUUAUACCCAGUCCUGCCAAACUAGAGAGUAUUAAACAGCAGAUUAGCGGAUCUAGCAGAUCGAAAAGUAACCCCACGAAGGGGUCAGCCUCAUCUCAGAAUAUACCUGUAGAAUCAUUGCUGAGAACUAACUCACGGGAAUCAACUACCCCACCCACACCAGGUGUUGAUCAGGAAAAUGGUGCCGAUAGUGUAGAUGAUAGCGAUAGUUUAGGAAAUUCUGGCUCAAAAAAGAGUAACCUCACGCCUACAAGCGCAGCACCGAGUUCCGCUGGCCAAAAAGACAAGAAGAGACCAUUUUUCAAAAAGUCGGACAAUAUUCCUCCAUAUGAGGUAGUGCCUUCGAUGCGCCCCCUGGUGUUGAUCGGACCGUCUUUAAAGGGGUAUGAAGUAACCGACAUGAUGCAGAAAGCACUGUUUGAUUACCUCAAACACAGAUUUGAUGGCAGAAUAAUCAUCACUCAUGUAACAGCAGAUAUCUCCUUGGCAAAGCGAUCUUUACUGAACAACCCUAAUAAACGUGGACUCAUGGAAAGGGCAAACAGCAGAGGCUCAGGUUUAGGAGAGGUGCAAAAAGAAAUAGAACGUAUAUUUGAAUUGGCUCGUUCAAUGCAGGUUGUAGUUUUAGAUUGUGAUACAAUCAACCACCCGUCACAGCUGGCCAAAACGUCACUGGCACCAAUCAUUGUCUACCUGAAGAUUGCAUCACCAAAGGUUUUACAGCGUUUAAUCAAAUCUCGUGGCAAAUCACAGAGUAGAAAUAUGAACGUACAGUUAGUUGCUGCUGAUAAAUUAGCGCAGUGUAGUCCGGAUAUGUUUGAUGUUAUUCUCGAUGAGAAUCAACUAGAAGAUGCCUGUGAACAUUUAGCAGAAUUUCUGGAGGCAUAUUGGCGCGCGACACACCCUGCAACGGGAGUUCCUCAAUCCCCGCGUAGAGACAUUCACUCACCUACCCACCUUUCAACUCGAGGUCCACAUGUGACUAAUCCCCAUUUAGCCCCGCGUACUCAUAGUUCAGACACUAGACCAGAAUCCCCGAACGUUCCGAGAAGGGGACAUAGUGAAUAUCACCGUGAUCGGCACCAUGUAGGGGAUACACAAGAUCGAUCACACAGUACUCACGGGCCACACACUAGUGUCCCAGACCGUUCACGUACAGAUCAAAAGCAACACGAGUAUGAAUCUAAUAUAGAAUUUGAUAAUGUGAGAGACAGAGACUCGCGUAGGAAUUACAGUGGCCAGGGAGGGUCACAUGACCGACCGUACGGCAAUUCUCCACGUGGAGGACGCCACGUCUCUAGGGAAGGAACUAUAGACAUAUAGUGCAAGUGAAAGAUGUUUCAAACAUCAGUUUAAAGUUUCUACUGAGUUUAACGCCAAUUUUAUCUUUCAUUUAUGACCAUAUUUUAAAGAAAUGGUCAAUUGAGUUGAGGCUGGAGAGAUGCACGAUGUUUCGCAAUUUAUUCUUUGACCUUCCUGUUUAUGGCCAUGACCUUUUGUGAGUAACGGUGAAGUUAUUAAAAGGUGAAGGCCACCCAAGUGUCAAGGUCAUUUCUAUGGAGAUAAGAAAUAGAUAAGUACUGUUUGCAAAUGACAAUGUGUUAGGUUAAGCACUGCAGAAGAUAAAAGAUUUUUCUCCAAAUUCUCAGUGCUUAGAGCUAGUCAGUUUUUUUUUUUUCAAAAAAAAUGUGUAAUUGGAAGGGGUUGAAGAACAGCUGUAAUCAACGGUUCAAGGUCAAAUAAAGAUACAAGAGAUUGCCUUGCCAAGGAAAGGAUCUUCUUCAUUCAAGUACUUCUGUACAAUGUUUUGUAAAACCAGUUUACCGGUAGUUGGAUUUUUUUAUAUGAAAAUUUUUUUAUGUCCGCUUUUUUUUUUCAGUUUAGAAUAAGGACAACGGCAAAAAUAAGGAAUGUGUUGGACCAGGUACAAUUUAAAAUUCUGAUGGUUGUUAACAGUUAAUAAAAGUUAUUUUAUUAAAGAAGGUUCAUUGUAAGCAAUGCUGGUUAUAGAAUGUGCUGAAUAUGGGACACUAUUUUAAGUGCCCAGAAGAGGAGUCAGUUUGUAUUUAAGUUGUCAAAAUCAAUAAUUCCAUGACAUUCGUAAAAGUCAGUGAGCAAGAACGGCACUAUCAUAUCCACUGGUCUUCACUUCAGAAAAUGAUAACAAAAUUUCUAGUUCUUUUAACCCUUCUAAUAUUGAAAUUCAUGAAAUGUUUGUAGUGCAAAUAUAACUGGUGUAAAGGUAGAAAUUUUCGUAAGGGAAUUAAUUUUGUUAUAACUGCUGACAGUCUUCAUGAAGAGAAAUACUCGCAAAAUGUUAAUGUUUGUUAUAAAUAACCCUACAGUCAUGUCAUUCAUUGGAAGUAUUCCACUAUUCUACUCUAUAUUAAGUUUGAAUAUAGUGAACUUUUGGCCUCAUGAAAAUAUCUGAUUUUAUAGUCCGUUUACAAAAUGGAAUAUGAUAGUGUUGCGUUUGGCCGCUGAUCAGGUUUCUAUUUAUCAAGCACCAGUUUUUGUAUAUAGUCUAUGAGUUGUAUAUAUGUAUGCAUGAAAUGAUACAUGAUAACUGUUUGAAAAUUUGAGUAUUUUUUUUCUUUGUGCAAGAUUUUAAGGAGUGUAAAUAUUUUUGUGAAUUUUUAUAAUUGGUAGCUUUAACAUCUAAUCCUUCCGAGUAAUUAACUAACUACAGCAUACCAGUCUAUUUAUGGAAUACAUAUGUUAAGUUAAUCAAUACAUUUGUGUAAUUACAUGUAUGACGUGUUCUGAAGAUGAUUGAUACAUUUUAUGUAUGUUUGACAUGUUAUACAUAUGUGUAAUGUAUGAUGGAUAUACAUGUUUGAUGUGUUGUGAAUAUUGUUGAUAUAUCAUACAUAUGUUUAUUAUGUUAUACAUAUGUGUAAUAAAUUAUAUAUUUAUUUGACAGAAAUACAUGUUUGAUGUGUAGUGAAUAUGAUCUGCAUAUUACAUAUAAUUAUGUGUAACAUGUUAAUUUGAGAAUAGGGUAUCUGUAUGGCAAACACCCUGGGUAUAUUGUAUAUAUUAUGCAUUAUUUGUCAACUAAGAGCAAAAGGGAGGUAACUGCUUAUUUAUGUCAUUAAUUACAGUUAACCACUUUUUGCACAGAGGGGAUAUGUGUAAUAUAAGUAUUUAAUAUAUUACACAUAUGUUUGACAUAUGUAUUGAAUAUAUCAUGUGUAUGAUAUAAUAUUCACAUGUUUAAGAUAGUACAGUGUUUUCUUUCUGUGAGUUUUAAUAUAAUCAUAAGUACAAUGUACUAGUCUUGUUUGUGAUAGAAAUGAAAGAAUAUGAGUGAGGCAUUUUGAAUUCAUUGUUGGGAGACUGCUAGUGAACUGUGAACAGCAGCCAUGUAGAGUACAUGAUUAAAAGUAAUAUGGACACUGAAUGCUUAAAAAUAAUAUGUACACUAAAUGCUGAAAUGUAAUGCAUACAGUGGAUGAUAAAAAGUAAUGUGUAAAGUAAAUGAUAAAAAGUAAUACAUACAGUGAAAGUUAAAAUGUAAUACCAAACUAGUCAACCAGAAGAGAGAGAGAAAAAAAAUUAUGAGAAAAAAGAGUAAGAAAACAAUUAUAUAUUAUUUAGGCUUUUGUCUGAAAAUAUUUUGUGUAACACAUUAUACAAAUAAAGAUGCUGUAAAAGUUGAGGCAAUUAAAAGUUAAAUGAGCCAUGCCAUGAGAAAACAUCCGCGCAGUCUGGUCUGGAUCCAUGCUGGUCGCAAAGCCACUAUGUUAGUUUUCUCAUGGCGCGGCUCAAAUAUAUACUGCAAUUUGUAGAUAAUGUUUUGAUUUUUUUCCGGUCAAAAGACAUUUUUCAUUCACAUAUUUUUUGUAUAUAGCUAUAUUUGUGAUAUGAACAAAGGAACACAGUGUCUAGCAGUUUCCACUUUUAAUAACACUUUUAAGGAAUUUGGAUACCUUUGUUAAAAAGCUCUUGAAUAAAACCCAUUAUCUAAUCUGAAAUGGAGACUUAAGUACCGUAGAUACUCUCGUAUAAUAUAUCAACAUUAUUCUACUCUCCGCCACAGAAGUAAAUAUUAUUGCCAGUGUCAAUAUAAACUUUAGUUUCGGUUUCAAUCUACCUUGAUAAAUUGACCAAACAGUUUUUUCCCUAUGAUUUUAGGCUGAAAUUGGUGGGGGAAGGGGUAUUAUACACAUGUGCGCAUUAUACAUUGUUAUCUAUGGUAUAAGGAAAUUUAGUUGAAAAAGUUUCUUCCUAUGUAAAUUAAAACUUGGAUUCACCGUACUGACUAGAUUACUGAUAACACUACAUCGCUGAAAUACUAUCAGAAAAGACGAACAGUUGUUUUACUUGAGCACAGAACAAAUAUGUAAUUCUCUCUUGAAAUUUAAUUGUGAUAAAAAGAAAAGAAGCAACUUUUGAGUAAUUUGUACAAAAUAUUUAGGUUCUUUUUUUUCAGGAAGGUAUCCAAAAACCUUACUUUUAUAACUAUUGUUACACACUAGCAAUUACACCGUAUUUGCUCAAAACUUUGCGUCUACUUCUUUGACACCUUUUUAUCUCUUUUAGUCUUGUAUGUGUGUGUAUGGGUAAUGUAGUAUAUUAAUCACCUUCUGACCUCUAUAAGUAUACAAGAGCACAUAUAUUUUAUAUGGCUUUUGAUUGAAUGAUGUUUGUGUUUAUUAUUUAAAAAAGUUUAGUGUUUUCACCAUGUACAACUGUUGACACCGAUUUGCAGUCAGAAAGUUGACUUGUGAUAUUAGAUUAAAUUUCAGUCUGUAGGAUUUGCAGUCAAAUUAUUCUUUUUAGGGUAAAUGCAACUUUGAUCUUGGGUAGAAUGUCCUUUUGCAGUAAUUGUAACAUGGAUGUGUAGUAAUUGUAUUGGAGUCUGAACAAAUUAGCCAGAGUGGGAUUCAGAUUGCAUAAUGUUACUGCAAGGCCUAGCAACAAGUUUAGUCACUCUUCCAACCCUAAAAAAAGUCGUACAAAAUUUAUAUGUCUGAUAAAAAAAACACACAUUGUCUUGCACCAAUGGCUGAAUUACAUUGGUAACAACUCUGACUUAAAUAAUUAUUUCAAGAGCUGCUCAUAUUUUAUUGAUAUGAAUUAAAUAGCCAAAUGCAAACAUCCAAGGAAGGAUGUCCAUGCAACUGCAAGUUGGAGUUACUGGUUAUACAUGGUGGUUAAACACUAAGCAAAAUGGUUGUGUACAAAGAAAUUGUUUGUCUUUCAAUAUUUUUCUGAAUCAAGUUCUUUUCAACAUGUAAUUGUGAAGAGAAUGUUAGACAAAUGCAUUUUUCAAGCUUAAAUACUUUUUAUCUGUAAAUGUAUGUAAAUUUAUUUAAAGCAAGAGAAUAGCUUAACCAAGAUGUUUAGAAUAAGGAAUCUUUGUGCAAUAUUUUGUCCACUUUUGUAUUGUUGAUGAACCAAAUGUUAAUAUUUACUUAAACACUACCAGGAAGUACCAAGGAUCUGGGUCAUACUCCUUUCACUAUUCAAAGAAGUUUCUUAGUACACAGUUGAAGCUCACCCUGUAUUAGGCAGCCACUUGUCUGAAGCAGCUUGUCAACUAACUUCCCAAAUUGACUUUUUUGUACCAAUUUGAACUUGUUUUGAGCACUUGGCUUACACAGUCAGAUUUUAUAGCUCCCAGAUUGUGUCAUUCCUUUGGCUUGUUGCUCAGUACAGAUUUGACUGUACUCUUAGACAAUGGCGUGAAGAAAAAUAGUGUUCUGCAAUGUUUAGAACAUAUGCAGUCUGUUCUAAAUAAAACCUGGUGUAGACAGAACAGUCAGAUGAUAAAUAUCCACAACAAUGUGAAGCAGGUCUGGGUUCCUAUCCACUGUAGUUAAUAGAGUUAGGUUCCAGAGCAGAACACUGCUAUUUUGACAACAGUUAGAAAACUACUCUAGAAUGUUUAGAACACAGCUUAGUCAAAGGAAUGUGACCUUAGAUGAUAUCCUAUAUAGAUCAUAUUAACUUUUACCCUGCUAAAUAUCUAAAAUGGACUGGUUCAUCAUUCAGUGUGGGCAGUAAACAAAGUUCACUGAAAAUUUACUGACUCCAAUAACGUGCAAGGCAGAAUCACUUGCCGCCAGAAGGAUAAAGGUUAAGAAAAGUGUUAUGUUUUGUGAGCGUUAAUGUUUUAAGGUUAAAGAAGUUCUGUUUGUAAGACAUCUUACUUUGAUUUGGAUAGUUAGCUACAAGGUACAACAGAACAGUUAAAGCCAUCUUGAAAGCCGAGAAAGAAGAAGUCGAAAUUUGCAGUUUUUCUAAAAUAUUUUAAUGACCGGAAUUGUUCAAAGUUGCAUAUAUCUGUUAUAUUUUGACACCUUCAUAUCUGUGUUAUAAACUGUCAUUACUUUUUACCUCUCAGAAUAACAAACCUCAUUGAAACAUGAUGUACCUAUGUUACAACCGAUGUUAUAUUAACACAGUAAACAUUGCUUAAACAAAUUGAUCAUUAUCAAAAUACAGUGACAGCAUAAUAUCUUAAUGCAAAGAUUAUGUAAUUUUUGUCUAGGCUUUAUUUAUAGAUUUCAUGGUAGGUAGUCACAUUCACGAAAAAAUGUUUGUGUUCUAGAAUAAGAUGAAAUAUAUUUACACUGUUUGUAAUUUUGGACUGGCAUUAUUUUCAAGUGUUAACAAAAACAAAACUUUUAAUUACAAGAUCUAUGGUAAAUGAUAUGUUGUAUUAGUUAAAUAGAUUGGAACUUACUGUUAAGAGUGUAUAGCAAAAUAUUGUGACUUUGUUCAGUGAAAAAAACAGUCUCCCUACUUUACUUAAUAAGUGAGCCGUGCCAUGAGAAAACCAACAUAAUGGGUAUGCGACCAGCAUGGAUCCAGACCAGCCUGCGCAUCCGCGCAGUCUGGUCAGGAUCCAUGCUGUUCGCUUUCAAAGUCUAUUGCAAUUAGAGAAACUGUUAGCGAACAGCAUGGAUCCUGACCAGACUGCACGGAUGCGCAGGCUGGUCUGGAUCCAUGCUGGUCGCAUACCCACUAUGUUGGUUUUCUCAUGGCGUGGCUCAAGUGUAGAGUUUUUUAGCUGUGCAAUCUUUUCAUGUGAUGACUCAAAUUUAUGAGGGAUUACAUUGUAUAGGAUUAUUAAAGAUUUGAAAAUUUAAAUUUUGAUAUUUGAAAAUCUUAAAGAAUUAAUGUAAGGUACAAUACCUUAUGCAUAAUCUCAUUUGCAGAAUUCAUUCAUUUGUCUGAAACUUAUUUUUACUUCACUUGUGCAAUAAUAAUUGAAUACUGAAGUUUUGCCAUUAAUCUCCGUAAACUGAAAACAUCUAAAAAAUAUGAGAAGGUACCAUUUCAGUAUGUUGUAGACCAUUUUAUUACAGGAACUUACUUACACAAACUGUGUAACAAAUGAGUGAACUGUUAAGUUUUGCAGUUAGCAUUUGAUAUUUGAUUGGUUGUUGACAUUUUUCUUGUUGAUUUUUGUGAUUUUUCUGAAGUUUCUGUUAACAUUUUUGUGAUUUUUUUCAGUAUCUGAUGUGUGAUUUAUUCUGAAUCAAAACUGUUGAUAUUAGCUUUAAAGUUAUUCCGUGAACACAUGCAAAUUUGGUUCUCAAAUAUUUAGAUACUAUUAUGAUUGUAUGAUAAUAGUUUUGUAUUACUAGAUGACACAUUAAUAAUUUACCACCAAAUUAUGGAUAUUUUUAGUUUACAUACCAAUGAGGAUUAACUCUUUCUCCUCAGCAAAAUUCUGCAUGUUUAAAAGAAAAUAUGCAAAUUACAAAAAUCUUUAUCACCCGAUCAUUUCUAAAUUUUGAAAAUAGGACUAAAAUUCAAGAGGAUGUUGGUAAUUUUAGUAGAGCUGGGGCCUGAACCUGCAAUCGCUGGUUCUAUUGUCCAGCAUCUUAUAACUGGGCAAAAGUGUCUGUUUUCUGUAUCUUGUGCUAGGCCCAUAUUUAUCAAUAAGACUUGAGACUUUAAAUUUCUAAAAAUAGAUCUCUAAAAAUAGGCUUUAAAUUUCUUAAAAUGCAAAUCCUUGUAACCUGCAUUAAAAUAAAUGUAAACUUUUAAAAUUUUGCAGUUUUUCUUAUAGGAUACACUAUUCAAGUCAAAUUUCAUUAAAUUCUAUAAAAAAAUGAACAGAAAAUAUUUUUAGCAGUUCAAAGUUUCCGACUUAAAACUUUGAUGAAUGUGGGUCUUGUUCUCAUCUUCUACAUUUAUGUGUUCCCUUUUUGGUGUCCCUUGCUGGCCAAGGUUUCUACCAUGGUUUUCCCUCUUCAGUAUUUAUAGGUUUCUACCACUGAUUCCACCCCCACCCCCACCCCCUUCCAGUAUUUAUAGAAAUUAGUUCAUACGAGGGCUGUUCAGAUAAUAUGUAAACUUCUGCCAUAAUUUUUGAUUAUUAUUUUUCAUUUUUUUCAAACUCAAACUAAAAUCAUUCACAGCUUUGUUGAUGAUUUUCUAUCACAAUAACCUGAUGUUAUUAUUAAGUUUGCAGAUAUUUAAGAUGUCAAAAUGACACUUACAUGAGCCAGUAUUGUAGGGGCCUCAGUGGUCGAGUAGUUAAGGUCGCUGACUUCAAAUCACUUGCCCCUCAUUGGGUUCGAGCCUCACUUGGGGCAUUGAAUUCUUCAUGUGAGGAAGCCAGCCAUCUGGUUUACAGAAGGUCGGUGGUUCUACCCAGGUGCCGGUUCGUGAUGAAAUAAUGCGUGGAGGGGCCCCUGGGGUCUUCCUCCACCACCAAAGCAGGAAAGUCAUUAUAUGACCUAUAAUUGUGUCGAUGCAACAUUAAAUCCAACAAAAUAAGGUAAAUAAAUGAGCAAGUAGUAUGGUUAUGAGAUAAAACCCCAUUUUUACUAUUCUGCAUAUAAAGUGAGCCAGUCUGCAUAUUUUUUGAACAUCCCUCUUGUACUUUGUAAUGUAGUCGAGUUGAACUUUUCCAAGUUUAUACACAAUGUAUUUAUUUAUCUCUGAUAUUAUGUUUUGCAACACUAUGGUGAUUGAAUUAUUGUUAAAACUCUCUUUGAUUAUUGGUAGGAACAGUAAAUCAUAAUCGUAAUGAUUUUCCUGUCUGUUUUUGUCAAGUUGGGAACCAAUCUCAGAUUUCUGGCAUCUGAUUGGAUGAUUCUGAGCACAGUUUUGUAAUUGACCAAUGAUAAGAAGGCUGCAGUCCGAGACUGGUCUCUGAACUCCAGUUAUUUAUCCUCAAAGCAAGCUGGAGUCCGAAUGUCUCUGAUAUUGAAAAAGUGUUAACGAAGGAAGAAGUUUAAGGGCCAGGAAUAUAUUUUAAGAAAUGUACACCCUCCCCUACUUCCAGAUUUAAACCAUAAAAUGUGAUUUUUUCUUUUAGAACAAGGUGCAAUUUUGAUACUACUUUCUGAAAUGAGUUUAAAUUAUAAUGUAAGAAAAUUCUUUUUAGCUCUGGAAACACAUGUCUCUAAUAUUUUUCUAUGUCUACUUCAUAUUUAAAUUAGUAUAGUUUUUCUUGUGACCAGAAUUCAGGCUCUGGUUCUUAAUUGACUUAUAUUGACCACAUAGAAUGAAACAGACAGAAGCAGAAUAGUGUGCACUAAAUUCACUAUGUCAUGCAAAUAUUUAUGCCUGUUGUUUGUAUGAAGACUUUAACGUACUUUACUUUUCAGCACUGUUCUACUAUGACUAUUAGAAGUCUGAAAUUAUUAACAAUUGCAAACACUUCUUUCUUUAAAAAUACCCAAGAAAAUUCAACUGUGAUAAUAUAUAUUACCUUAAGCACAAAAAUUAGAAGAGAAUUUUUUACCAUUUUAAACUUUCCUUGAAAGACCCAAUCAAUAAACAUUAUAAAUUUUGCAAUGUGUUUACUACAAUAUUGCGAUCUUUUUUUAUUAUUUUUUUUAAAUUUCACAUAAUAUGUGUGAAUGUUUUUGAUUGGCUAGUGUUUGUCGCAAUUUGUUAGAUUCUUUCUGAUUAGCUAACAAAGUGUCACAUGAUAAGUAUAAAUCUGUUUGAUUGGAUGUUACAGUUUUCAGCUGCUGAAUAUGCAUGAAUUUGGGAAACAUGGCAACAUAAAAGCAUAAGAAUAGAAACGUCUUCCUUUGAGGCAUACUUUCUAAAGCAUGUUUUACAGUAUAUGAGCCGCACCAUGAGAAAACCAACAUGGUAGCUUUGUGACCAGCAUGGAUCCAGACCAGCCUGCGCAUCCUCACAGUCUGGUCCGGAUCCAUGCUGUUCACUUUCAAAACCUGUUGCAAUUAGAGAAAAUAUUAGCGAACAGCAUGGAUCCUGACCAGACUGCGCGGAUGCGCAGGCUGGUCUGGAUCCAUGCUGGUCGCAAACGCACUAUGUUGGUUUUCUCUUGGCACGGCUCAUAUCUUUUGUGCAAAAUUGUUGUUACUGUAUUCAACUAUCCAUGUGCUGAGAUGUCAUAUAGUAGGAAUUUUACACAGCCAAGUUCACCUUUAUUUUCUUUCUAAUACUAGAAGUUUUGAAAAGAAAUGUUUACAUGGUUAUAUGAAUUAUCAUAAAUAAUUCCAAUACCACCUUCUCAACUUUGAUACAGUUUGUACGUCUUUGUGUCUCGUACAAAUUGUAACCAACAUGUAAAAAAAAAUGUCAGAAAUAUUUUUCCUACUGUCUGAUUUUUGGCAGUUUUUAUCAUGAUAAUUGUAAGUGUUUCUCCAAGAGCAUGCAUGUUUUCGGCAAUUUGUUUGUACAUUUCUGUUGUUGGUCUUCACUUAAUAUUGUUUUGGGAUUGUUGAAUCCCUAGCCUUUCUUCUCCUUGAAUCAGAGACAAUUAUAUUAUACUUGUGUUGGAAUAUGUACAUAUUAAAAGUUUUUUAUCUCCUAACCAGUAA